UAUACACCAGGUCUUUCACCAAACCGCAUCUUUUCAGAACUCCUCAUCAGCCCAGCAGUGUGAGGAUCACAUUUUAUUCACACACACACAUACACGCAGCUCAGAAGGAGGAACGAAAAAAAGUCAUCAAGAUGCCAGCCAGCCUCUGUGGUACAUGGGACAUCAUCAGCAAUGACAACUUGGAGGGCUACAUGAUUGCAAUGGGUAUCAGCCCUUGCUUACGAAAGAUUGCUCUGAAACUAAAGCUGAGGAAGGUGAUUGAGCAGCGGGGGGACAAGUACAUCAUCAAAACUAUCAGCACCAUGCGAAACUACACCAUCUCCUUUAGAGCGGGUCAUGAGUUUGAGGAGUUCACCCAGGGACUGGACAACAGGCAUGUCAAGUCACUGGUGACAUGGGAGGGGAUUAAACUGGUGUGUGAACAGACUGGAGAGAAGAAGGACCGGGGCUGGGCUCACUGGAUUGAAGACGACAAGCUGUAUCUGGAGCUGUACUGUGAAGGAGAAGUCUGCACGCAGGUUUUUAAGAAGAAGAAUGUAAACAGUGAAGAGAAAUGAAAGCUGUUUUCCCGUCAGGGUGUGGAUUUACACCACUAGGUGGCAGCCCUGCAUUAUUCUUGGUCAGAUACAGUCUGUCUACACUGGUUUGUAGCUAAGUGGUAAUUGGCUUCUGUUAAGUGCAAACCUUUUACUUUUCUUCCAUGUCUCUAUGG